CCGUCCCCGGAGAGUAUGGCGCACGGCAGGUGGAUGCCCUGGCUGCCUGUCCUUGUGAUGUCGCUGGUGCACUCAGCCGGCGCAGAGUAUUCCAGCUGCGGUGAGGACGAGUUCUACAACCAGACCACUGGGCUGUGCCAGCUGUGCCCGCCCUGUGGACCAGGCGAGGAGCCCUACAUGUCCUGCGGCUAUGGCACCAAGGACGAGGACUAUGGCUGUGUCCCCUGCCCUGCUGAGAAGUUCUCCAAAGGGGGCUACCAGAUCUGCAGGCGCCAUAAGGAUUGUGAAGGCUUUUUCCGGGCCACGGUACUGACACCGGGGGACAUGGAGAAUGAUGCUGAGUGUGGGCCGUGCCUCCCUGGCUACUACAUGUUGGAAAACAGACCGAGGAACAUCUAUGGCAUGGUCUGCUAUUCCUGCCUCCUAGCGCCCCCCAACACCAAGGAAUGUGCAGGAGUCUCCUCAGGGGUCUCUGCCAACUCUCCCCGCACCUCUGGGGGCAGCACCCUGCCCCCCUCCCAGCACGCCCACAAAGAGCUCUCGAGCCAAGGACACCUGGCCACAGCUCUGAUCAUCGCCAUGUCCACCAUCUUCAUCAUGGCCAUAGCGAUUGUCCUCAUCAUCAUGUUCUACAUCAUGAAGGCCCGGCCCUCUGCCCCAGCCUGCUGCAGCAGCCCCCCAGGGAAGAGCGUGGAUGCAGCUUCGAGCCAGGAUGUGGAGAAGAAGGAGGCCCCAGAUGGCGUCGUGAUCUUCUCCGAGAAAGAUGAGUUUGAGAAGCUGACGGCGACCCCAGCAAAGACCACCAAGAGCGAGAAUGAUGCCUCAUCAGAGAACGAGCAGCUGCUGAGCCGGAGUGUGGACAGUGACGAGGAGCCAGCGCCUGACAAGCAGGGCUCCCCAGAGCUGUGUCUGCUGUCGCUGGUGCACCUGGCCCGGGAGAAGCCAGCCCCCAGCAGCAAGUCAGCUGGGAUCCAAAGCCGAAGGAAGAAGAUCCUGGAUGUGUAUGCCAAUGUGUGUGGUGUUGUGGAAGGCCUCAGCCCCACAGAGCUGCCCUUUGACUGCCUGGAGAAGACAAGCCGCAUGCUCAGCUCCACAUACAACUCUGAGAAGGCUGUGGUAAAGACCUGGCGCCACCUGGCCGAGAGCUUUGGGCUGAAGCGGGAUGAGAUUGGGGGCAUGACAGAUGGCAUGCAGCUCUUUGACCGCAUCAGCACAGCGGGCUACAGCAUUCCCGAGCUGCUCACCAAGCUGGUGCAGAUUGAGCGGCUGGACGCUGUGGAGUCGCUGUGUGCAGACAUCGUGGAGUGGGCAGGGGUCUCACCGGCUGCCUCCCCACCCCCAGCUAGUGCAUCCUGAGGGUGCCAGGGCCUUCCCAUCCUCCCUGGAGGAGCUGGGGGCUCCGGGCCUUUGCAGCUGUGGAAUCCAGGCUUCUGCUGGGUCACCGUGUACCUUACAGGAAGCAGCCCUGUCCCCUGUCCUGACCUGGGUGAAGGCUGAGCAGUGCUCCAGCCCCCAGCCUCCUGGGCACAGGGAUAUUUAUCCACUGACCGGCAUGGAUUCACUGGAUGGAUGUCCAGCACCAGCGAACUAGACCCUGUGGAGUGACGGGUCUCUAAAGAGUGGAAGCUCAGCAGGAGGCCAAGGAGCAGCAUGAGGAGGGGAGGCCACAGAUGUGUUCCAAUCCUGAGAGGGUACAAGGGCUGCCCAGGCGAGGACAGCAGUGGCCCCGUGUGGCAAACCUGUCAGGACACAGCAUCCCAGGCUUGGUGUUGUCUGUGGUCCCUAGAAGGAGCCUUGCUCUGUGUCACCUGCAAGUAAGGCCUCUGUGUCCUGUGACCAGAUAUGUGUCACACUGCCCUGUGUCACCCACACACAAGGCCUGUGUCCUGUGACCAGACAUGUGUGGCAUCCAGCCCCACUGACAUUGGGGUCCAGGCCUGAGACAGUGGUGAAUGGCCUCAAGGUCCUUGGCCAAGUGUCAGUCCCCCCAGGACACACAUGUCAGGCCAUGCUUGCUUGUCACAGAUCUGAGAGGGGAUGGGAGGGGGUCCCUCCUUCGAACUCUGCCAGCACUGUGCUAGACGUUGGCGGUGUCAGAGUGGUCAAGGCUGGUGGCCAAGGGUUUCAGACUUGGCCUGGGCUGGUGUCCCAGCCCCUUCCUCCCUGCUUCGGGCCUGGAGAACUUGGCCUGUGAUGCUGCAGUCAGGAAAGUGAGCGUCAGGUGAGCUGGAGAAAGCAGCAGAUGCUGCAGGAAAAUGCAGCCCAGGGGCUCUACAUGCUGAGCACAUAUUGCAGGCCAGCAAGAAAAUGGAAAUAAGAGGACAGAGCUGGCUUCUUUUCAGUACCUGAGAUUGAAGACAGAGCUGAUACACAGUACGGCUCACACAGAUCUCAUUGACCAUACCACUGUGCUGACUGCUGAGUGAAAACCCAGUCCUGACCUAGUGAUGAUUUUAUAAUUCCAAGUCCCACAAGUGAAGAAAUGCAUGGGGCUCUGUUGCACAAGAAGCAGCCUCCCACCACCAGGUGCAGGGAAUGCUGAGGGGACCAAGAUCACGACUGGAUAGUUAAUGUCAUCACUGACUUCUGCUGCUGUGUUCCAGAGCCCAUUCUGUGCAUCCUGUGAAUCUGCAAGCUAAGUGCUCCACCGGGACAUUUAGUUGUCCUUCUAGUUCCUCUUGGAAGCCCUGCAGCGACCCUGGUGGUGGCGGCGAUGAGUUGUCACUCCUACCUGUGAUUAGUCCGCGAGGGUCACAGGUGAACAGUGUCCAGGGGGGCAGGGCGGGGUGUCACCCCAUCAGGCUCUGUCUGAGCUUUCGCUGGCCCCAGCCACUGCUCUAGGACCUGACUGUUCAGAGCCCCCCUGACAUGUCAUUUACUUAUCUGGAAAUACCCAAGGCAGGCUUGCUCUGCUGGGAUUCUGAACCUGAGUCAGAAGGAUUCUCACUGACCUCACAGGACCUCCAUCUGGCCACUUGGUCUGAGAUGGUCACUAUUUUGUAGUUCUGAAAAGUGUUUACGAAACACUCCCAGCAAGGCCUGGGCCCUUAGCCAGUGAAGUCUUAAUUUUGAAUAUGUCUACCUGAUUCUGUAUAUGUAACUUAUUAUAUUUUAUAAUCACAUU